CCAAAAUAUGCAUACAAAUUUUGUGAUUUCUUUCUAAUUUCUCAUAUUUUUAUUUUCUUAUUUAAUUGUUGAGCUAGCUGCCAGCAGUCGACGAAGCGGAGUUAAGUUGUGUAAAGAAGUGAAGAAAAAGUUUAUCAAUACAAAAAUACUUGGAUGAAGUUUAUUUUUCGCACAAAAGCCUCAAACACUCGAAAAGAGUAAAAAUGAUUUUAUCAACUGCAAAACGCUUGUGUCUAAGGACAUCGCCAUCGAAUCUCUUGCGUUCAUCCUCAUCGAUCCCAAAAACUGGACCAAAGCUUGAUGAAUUGCAAGAGCAUGCACUCAAAGAAGAAUGCAUUUUAGUCAACGAGAAUGACACUGUCAUUGGAUCCGCUUCGAAAAAGGACUGCCACAGAGUUGAUCCUACCAAUGGUCAUGUGAAAUUGCAUCGUGCGUUUAGUGUUUUUUUAUUCAAUACCAAAGGAGAUAUGCUAGUCCAGAGACGUUCUGUCCAUAAGAUAACCUUCCCUGACACCUACACAAACGCCUGUUGCAGCCAUCCUCUACACGAGAUCGAAAAUGAGCGCGAAGAACUGAACGAACUGGGUAUCCGACGAGCCGCUCAAAGGAGGCUCAACUACGAGCUGGGAAUUCCCACUAGUCAGAUAAGACCUGAAAACUUCCAUUAUUUGACUCGCAUCCAUUAUUCGAAUACUGGCGAUGGAAUCUGGGGCGAACACGAAAUCGAUUACAUACUCUUUCUGCAGAAAGAUGUCGACCUCAAUCCGAAUCUGAACGAAGUCAGCGAAGUGAGGUACAUCCCGCGCACGGCCCUUGACACCACAGUAUCGCAGCUGAAUGCUCCACUGACCCCCUGGUUCGAGCUUAUCUUACGCCAUCGCCUCAAACUCUGGUGGGAUAAUUUGCAUCAGUUGAAAAAGUUCGAAGAUCACACAACAAUCAAUCGAUUUACAUAGAGUAACGUUAAGCAGCGGCAGCGUCCGCCGUAAAGCACAAUAAACAGAGACGCGCAUUGUCAUAAUUUGUUAUCUCAUAUUUAGUCAGUGGGCAUAAAUUCAAAAGAAAAUAUGUGUUGUAGGGAAAAUAGCCAUGCAGAUGAAAAUAACCAAAGGUAGUUCUUUUUUUUUGUUUCUUCAUUGUUUUGUUAAAUAAGAAAUAAAGAAAAAUAUUAACUGUACAAAUGUA